AUUUACGUUAUUUGAAAGUAUUCUUGAUAAAUGCGACUCCACCUUAUCUCUAUAACACAACACUUUCAACCAUUUCCACUGAUAUCAAAUAGCUUUGUAAGAAUGAAAAUUUCUGUUGCAUGCUCGUCAUUCAGUAGCGAAUACACAUCGGUUUAACUAGUCUUAAAAAAUUAAACCUAUGUAUUCACAUACAAUAUAAAUCAUUUUCAUUGCAUUUCAGCAAAUCAUAAAAUAUAUUAUUAUAACAAAACGACGCAUUUUUGCUAUCGAUAAAGAAGCUGCAUACUUUUAGUCUUUAUGUUAUUCUAAAGAUAAUUUACUAUAAAUACAAGUCAUCAAGGGACAAAUUAUCAUCUUUAUUAUAUAUAUCAUUAUGAGUCACAGCAAUCGAGUAUUAUUUGGAUUACCGAAUUCGUCAACCCGCGCAUUCAACGAUUGAGAGAUGCUGUCAGUGGCAAAGAAAUCGCGAGUUAAUAGUCGAUUGGUCUUAACAUUAGCAGCUGGUUUGGUUUGUGGAUUCCUUUCGGCAUGUCUUCUCAUCAAUGUAACGAGGGAUAUGUCCCAUAUGAUUUACUGGUUUCCGAGUGUUUCCCAUCGAGAUCCUCAUCACUAUUCUCAGCUGGAGAGAGAGGCUGGACCGAGUGUCGAGGUCUCGUUCCAUGGGGCCGAUGAAGAUUUUCACAAGGGCGAGGACAAGCUAGCUCUAGAACUAGCCCAGAAGGUGCGAGUUCUCUGCUGGAUUAUGACAGGUCCAAAAAAUCAUCAAACCAAAGCGAGACACGUGAAGGCGACAUGGGGAAAACGCUGUAACAUCCUAUUAUUCAUGAGUUCCGAAGCAGAUCCUAGUCUACCAACUGUGGUAUUACCAGUAAAAGAGGGUAGAGAUAAUCUCUGGGCGAAAACCAAAGAAGCAUUCAAAUAUACGUAUGAAAAAUACAAAGAUAAAGCCGACUGGUUUCUGAAAGCUGACGAUGAUACGUUUGUCAUUGUGGAGAACCUGCGCUACAUGUUGUCGGCUCAUUCACCCUCGGAGCCACUGUACUUCGGUUGUCGCUUUAAGCCGUUCGUGAAACAGGGUUACAUGAGCGGCGGCGCUGGCUACGUCCUUAGCAGGGCGAGCCUCGCGAGGUUAGUGGAGAUCGGCCUGCCGAACCGCACUCUCUGUCGCCAAGACGCUGGGGGCUCCGAGGACGUGGAGAUGGGCAAAUGCCUCGAACGCCUAGGCGUCCGAGCUAUGGACACGCGCGACCCCCACGGACGAGGCCGUUUUUUCCCCUUCGUGCCGGAGCACCAUCUUAUACCCAACCACGUCGACAAGGAUUUCUGGUACUGGAAGUACAUCUACUAUGAGACGAAGGACGGCUUCGAUUGCUGCUCUGAUAGCGCCGUCUCCUUUCACUACGUCAGCCCCAACAUGAUGUAUGUCCUUGAGUACCUCAUCUAUCACCUGCGACCCUAUGGUAUAAGCCACAAGGUCGAGGAGAUCAACUCGGGCAGCACCGGCAGGCGCCUCAUCAACCGAUGACGAUUCUGCUUAUACAAGACCUUCCGUUAAGCCCUAUCUAUUUGUCCUCCAUUGCGUUUAAUCGUAACAGAGGCUUUCGAUACCUAGUCCGCCGAACGACUCCGCGACCGUCGCUUUCAUUUUGCGUUGCCAUUGGCGCGAUUCGCUUCAGGAAAUAUCGUCGCCACUAAAGCGAGCCUUGCGAUCUCUUUUGGCCUGCCCCGUUCAUUAUAUAAAUCGAAACUUAUUUAAAGGUUUUAAUUAGAUCACCC